CGGGCUCAGGGUAGGGAUGCUCUGGAAUCCGGUCCUGUACAAUCAUGAGCCUGGCCAUCUGGAAGUCUCUUCUUGCUCAAUGAAAUGGAGUAAACAUUGUCCAUUAUGAAAUCCACCACACAGGCUGCCAGGGACGAAUGGGAUCCCACCCAAAGCCAAUCGCUGCUCUGACAGGGAAAUUGGCUAGGACUGCCUGAGACUAAACCAGCCUCCCCCAUCCCUGAUGUCACAAUUCAGAGGCCGCUGCCUGCCUAGGAGGUUGUAGAAAGCUCUGUAGGUUCUCUCUGUGUGUCCUCCAGGGCUCCUCAGGCCAGGUCCCUGUCUGAUGGCUUUUAUGAAGAAAUAUCUCCUCCCCAUUCUGGGGAUCUUCUUGGCCUACUACUACUAUUCUGCGAAGGAGGAAUUCAGACCAGAGAUGCUUCGAGGAAAAAGAGUGAUUGUCACAGGGGCCAGCAAGGGGAUUGGAAGAGAGAUGGCCUAUCAUCUGGCGAGAAUGGGAGCCCAUGUGGUAGUGACAGCGAGGUCAGAAGAAGCUCUAAAGAAGGUGGUAUCCCACUGCCUGGAGCUCGGUGCAUCCUCCGCACACUACGUUGCUGGCACCAUGGAGAACAUGACCUUCGCAGAGCAAUUUGUUGCCAAAGCUGGAAAACUCAUGGGGGGACUAGACAUGCUCAUUCUCAACCACAUCACCAACACCAACAAUCCUAUGACUGUAUUUAUCGAUGACAUUGACCACGUGCGCAAAAGCAUGGAGGUCAACUUCCUGAGUUAUGUGGUCCUGAGCGGGGCCGCCAUGCCCAUGCUGAAGCAGAGCAACGGGAGCAUUGUGGUUGUCUCCUCGAUAGCCGGGAAAACAGCUAAUCCACUUAUUGCUGCCUAUUCUGCAAGCAAGUUUGCUCUGGAUGGGUUCUUCUCCUCUAUCAGGGUGGAAUAUGCAGUGACCAAUGUCAAUGUGUCGAUCACCCUCUGUAUCCUUGGCCUCAUAGACACAGAAACAGCCAUGACAGGAACUGCUGGGAUAUACAAUGCAGAAGCAUCUCCAAAGGAAGAAUGUGCCCUGGAGAUCAUCAAAGGGGGAGCUCUGCGCCAAAAGGAAGUAUAUUAUGACAGUUCGGUCUUGACUCCGUUCCUGCUGGGAAAUCCAGGGAGGAAGAUCAUGGAAUUUCUCUCCUUACGAAAUUAUAAUAUGGAAAUAUUUAUAAACAACUAGGUACUUCCUUAGGGCUAGGCAUGAUAAGGGGGCUUGGAACAAUUCUGCCUGAUAUUUACAUGAGUUCCAUCCUGAAGGUAUCUCCCCAGAGAGAUAUGAGUGUUCCCAGGGGGUUGCAAGUCACAUAUCACAUCUCAAAAUUUAAAGAAGCUCCUCUAACACUUAUGCAGUAGAAAGUGUACGAAUGUCAUGAACCAGCAAUUGUGAAGCUGAUAGUAACAACAGAUAUAAUUACAAGAUAGUUAUAUCAAAUUUAUUUCAUAUGUAAUAAUGUUAUAAUGCUUAGUCAAUAUCAAUUAUAAUAAAGGUCACAUAAACUUUAUAAAUUCAUACCUCAUGGCUGUAACUUCAGUUCAUUCAGUACGGCUCCAUUAAAACCAUAACCUAUACAUAUGAAA